CAACGCGGCGGCAGCAGCCAAAGUAAAGAUGGCGGACUUGUCGGGGACCGAGCUGUCAGAGGAGAAAGAAACAGAAAUAGAGCUAAAGAAAAGGCAGAAACGACCGUGGGAGGAUUUGCACAAGUCGGGUAAAAUCGGCCUCACCCCAGAACUGCCAGAAACGUUGGGAUUUUACGACAUAAGUGCAGUCAGGAGGGAGCAACGGGAGCACCCAGCAGAUCCGUCGUUGACGCGCUUCAUUGCUGCAGAGCUCACCAGAGGCUACUUCCUGGAACACAAUGAGGCAAAGUACACCGAGCGCAGAGAGAGAGUUUACACAUGCAUGCGUAUUCCCAAGGAGCUGGAGAAGCUGAUGACCUUUGGCUUCUUCCUAUGUGUGGACGCCUUCCUGUACGUCUUCACCCUUCUGCCCCUUAGGGUGCUGCUGGCCAUCCUCCGCCUUCUCACCCUGCCAUGCUGUGGCUUCAGCGGGUCUCGACUGCUGCAGCCAGCACAGGUAUGUGACAUGCUGAAGGGCCUGAUCCUGGUGCUGUGCUUCUCCAUGAUGCAUUACGUCGAUUACUCCAUGAUGUACCACGUGAUCAGAGGACAGUCUGUCAUCAAACUAUACCUCAUCUACAACAUGUUGGAGGUGGCUGACCGCCUUUUCUCGUCCUUUGGUCAAGACACCCUGGAUGCUCUCUACUGGACAGCCACAGAACCCAAAGAACGGAAAAGAGAUAAUAUAGGAGUCAUUCCUCACUUCGUCAUGGCCGUCUUUUAUGUCUUCCUCCAUGCCAUCCUCAUCAUGGUCCAAGCGUCCACCCUCAACGUCGCCUUCAACUCGCACAACAAGUCCCUGCUCACCAUCAUGAUGUCCAACAACUUUGUGGAGAUCAAAGGAAGUGUGUUCAAGAAAUUUGGAAAGAACAACUUAUUCCAAAUGUCCAACAGCGAUAUCAAGGAAAGGUUCACCAGCUACGUUCUCCUGCUCAUCGUUUGUCUCAGGAACAUGGAGCAGUUCGCAUGGAACCCAGACCACCUGUGGGUGUUGUUUCCUGAUGUCGUUAUGGUCAUCACCUCUGAAGUUGCUGUUGACAUCAUUAAACAUGCUUUCAUCACUAAAUUCAACGACAUCACAGCAGAUGUGUACAGUGAAUACAGAGCAAGUUUGGCCUUCGAUCUUGUCAGCAGUCGACAAAAAAAUGCUUGUACAGACUACAGUGACUCAGUGGCCCGGAGGAUGGGCUUCAUUCCUCUGCCUUUGGCUGUUCUGCUUAUUCGAGUGGUAAUGAGUUCGGUGAAGGUGCAGGGAGCUCUUUCAUACACUUGUGUGUUCCUAUUUUAUCUUGGGCUGGUUUCACUUAAAGUGUUGAACAGUAUUGUGCUGCUGGGGAAGUCGUGUGUUUAUGUCAAGAGGGCCAACAUGGAGGACAAACUGUUUGAGAAGCCUUCCGCCACUCCAUCCUCCUCCAGGAAAAGCUCCAGCAAAGCUGAUCAGGCUAAAUGUCCCACACCUUCAGGUGAAUCCAAGGUGGAGCAGAUCCCUGCCACACCUGGCAGCCCACCAUCAGCUUCUUCUUCUUCCUCUGUGACCACCCAGCCAACUCCCAGGACUGACUUGUUUCCUCCCCCGCCCACUGAUGCCUCUCCUGCUGCUCCAGCUAGCCAUCCUCCAACUCCACCACCUGAACCUGAACAGCCUGCACCUUCACUCUCCAAAGAAGAGGAGGGUGAGGAACAAGGAGCCUCUGAACUAAAGCACAGGACUCCCAAAAAAGACCUGCUGGAGAUCGACCGUUUCACAAUCUGUGGUAACCGCAUCGACUGACCAGCAGAGGCUGAUGUAGCGAUUAACCACUCAGGAAAGACGGAGAGCAAGGGGCACUUCAGCCUGGCUCUCCUGGCCAACUGCAGCAGAAAGCUGAGUAUUUAUUAAAGUCAGUGGCAACACAGUGAGUUAUUGUGAACAUUGACACUGUCAGCUGAUGAAGCUGUUGUUGAAGCCUGAAGUUUAACCAAGAAAACUUCAGCUGGCUGAUUAACAGCGGGAGAGAGAAAGUGUGCGGCAGCCUAGUCGUCAGGAUGAACUGUCGUGUGUGUGUGUGUGUGUGUGUGUGUGUGUGAGAGACAGUGAGACAGUGUUAGGAUGGUUCAGUAUUUGGUUUGGGUGUGACAGUGUGUGAAACAGCGUAUGUGUGAGCGUGAAAGCACACAAGCACUUCCUGUCUGAGCAGCACUAAGACCUGAAGUUCGCUCAGCAGCCAGAAAACAGACAAACUUCCAAACUCUUACAUUAUAGGGAACACCUGAAUCAUUUGUCUUCGCUUUUAAGUGUUUCCUUUUUUCCUCAAGAAAACCCAGCCUGGAGGUCAUGAGAGGUGUCUUAAGAGAAAUCUGGUGCGUGACAAGGUGAUUUAACAAACCAGGAACGCAGAAAAAAAACAAAGAUAUGUUUAUUUAGACUUUUCUCAAAUGUUAACCAGUUUUGUUUUCAUGAAUUACUGCAUAAUUUGACGUAUUAUAGUCUCAGACAUACUUAAAUGAAACAAAAGGUUUGUCUAAAUUUGUCACAGACUGUACACAUGUACACACUGGCUUAUUUAAGGGGGUCACAAGCCAAAAGGGUAGGGAAACAGCACUCAGCAGUCACAUACACUGAGAAUUUUUAGACUAUGCAUUGCUGCUUGCUUUAUUAACUGCUCAUUUCAGAAGUUAAUACCUCAGUGAGACUACGGUAGUAAGAAUUUUGAAGUCAAGCACCAUUUUACUUUCCAUUUGAUGGAGUUAUAAACAUGACUAAGAACGCUGAGUUUUAAUCAGAGUCUUGAGUAGAGCCUUUCUUUUACACAGCCAACAGAUAAAGUAAUUUGCAGCCCACACUGCGCCUUCAGCAACUAAAGAACCUUUUAUUUAAAGGACUCAGUCAGCGCACAAUGUUAACAGGAGCUGCCAGUCAAAUUCUGCCUACAUUAAAUCUGCUGCUUCUACCAGCCGCUUACGCAGCCAAACGUAUUUCAGAGGUCCACUUAAAACUAUGUAAGAAAAAUACUGAAAAAUACUAAUAGAUGCUGAAGAUAAUCUUAACAUUCUUCAUGCUUAGGGUUGUUUUUCAAAUUGCUUUAAAUACAGUAUGUUAGGAAAAAAAACCUUAUCUGAAAAUCAUCAUUUAUGAUCUCUAAAAUGCAGAUAAUUGUUUCUGUCCAAGGAAUAAUAUUACAUCACAUAUCCUUCACCAAGCAACCUGAGUCGUUUUAUUAUAAAAAUUGAGAAUGUUUGCACUGAUGGACCGUGUGUCUUAAAUAUGACGUAACGUAUGUGUCCCAUUCGACUCUCGAGUAAUGUCCUAAUGUUUACAUCUUAGAGAAUAGAAGCAAUAUUUCCACAACAAAACGCCUUUCUUGCAUGUGGUUUUUUACAUUUUGGUGACUGACAUUGUAAAAUUGUUUGCUAUGAUUUCAACUUUUAUUUUAUUGCAAUGAAUAAAAUCUAUAAAUACAAUAUAUAAUAGACCAAUUAUAUCUUCAAGUGUUCAUUUUUCAGCCAUUUAUGUAACUGAGUGUAAGCAAAAUAUAUUAUUCCUAACAUUAUAUGAGAGGUUUACAAUUCAAUGUCAGGCCAUAAAGUAACAGCAGCCAUGUCAAAUAUUUCAUUUCUCUCCAUGUAGCACUUUAUGGUUCCUGACGUCUUGCUGUUUUGUGAAGCAAGACUGGUAGUUUUAUCAGAAAUAUAUAGACAAAUAUGUUACUUGACUGGUACAAGAUAUAAUUAUUAGCUUUGGAAAUUACCAUCAAAUCAAACUAAAUGCUGGUAUGUUUUAAUAUUAUCUUUGACAGAAAUCACUUCACCUUUAGUUAGAUUUCCUCUUUCUGCUGCACUCUUCCCAAUGCUUCAUCUUCAUUUUGGAAUUUAAAGGUUUCUGCCCUGUUAAUGACACAGUUUAACAUAUGACAUAAUAUAUUUAAAAUUGCUUUAGCAGAAGCUGUCAUAAUGUGGAGGGGAGCCUCAUAUUUUAUUAACAGAAGGAAGAUGCGUAUAUACAUGUAAACACAUAUCAACAUUUAUUUGAUUCUGUUUUGGAGAAAAAAGGUUCUUUAUAAUUAUGUUCAUUACCGUUGUAAUAAGGAAGGUAGUUCUAUUUUUGGAGCUGACAGCUGUGAUAUGUUUUUGUGCAUGAAAUAUGAUUCUCCUCGUCUUUCAUGUGGUUUUGUCAAAUGUCUCAUCUCCACUGGCCUGAGCUCAGUCUUGUUGUGGUCUGACUGGAGGGGUUGAUUUCCUCUCCAGUCAUCAGAGGAGAUCAACCACAACUGCAGCCAGCUGGGCUCAACCUGAGCUUAUGGAGAUGAGACAAAAGUGUUCUCAUGCAAGCUGCGAUGGGCCAGUACACUGCCUGCGUUGUUUAAUCUGUUUCAUUCUUUAUUUAAUUCCUACCUCGAUAUUUUAUGAAAAUGCCCCCUUUUGGAUUAAUAAAAGUUGUUUUCUUAA